GAGGAGCUGGUCAGACACGCGGGUUCUGCGCGCCUCUUCUAAUGUGGACCCGGCUUUAUGGGCAUCCGAGCGCGUGCCUUAAGCUCCGUGUGUGCAUGCGCCUUACCUGGGAUCUUAGCUCUGGGGGGGCAGAUCCCCAAGGAACACGCCUUGCCAGAAAAAGGUAGAGACGCGCUCAGACGUGCGCUCUUGGAGGGAUCACUGAGCUGAAGGCGCACUCAUGCUCGCGCACAUAGUCCCGCACCACCCGAACGCGUGGAGAGUCAGUUUCCACAAACCCAGGCGCUCCUUUCUAUCCGCGCGAUAACACCUGAGAACACCUGGAGGUUCUACAGGACACUAGGGUGGGGGGGAGCUGAGCGGAGGCACCAUGAGCCGGGGGAGCCGGCGCUGGAUGCUCCGCUUCUUCCUGUGCCUCGGAAUCAUCUAUCUGAAAAUUGGGGGGCUUUGGUCGGUGGUCGCAUUGGGAGCGAGCAUCAUCUGCAAUAAAAUCCCCGGACUGGCCCCCCGUCAGAGGACCAUCUGUCAGAGCCGGCCCGACGCCAUCAUCGUGAUGGGAGAGGGCGUUCAGAUGGGCAUCCGGGAGUGCCAAUUCCAGUUCAGGCACGGACGCUGGAACUGUUCGGCCCUGGGGGAGAGGACCGUGUUCGGGAGAGAGCUCAAAGUGGGCAGUAAGGAAGCUGCUUUCACCUACGCUGUCAUCGCUGCAGGGAUUGCACAUGCAGUCACCGCGGCCUGCACGCGCGGGGGCCUGAGCGGCUGCGACUGCGACCAGGACAAGCAGGGUCUCUACAACCAGGAGGAGGGAUGGAAGUGGGGGGGCUGCUCCGCAGACGUCCGCUACGGCUUGAGCUUCUCCAAGGUGUUCGUGGAUGCGCGGGAGAUCAAGCAGAACGCCAGGACUCUUAUGAAUUUGCACAACAAUGAGGUGGGACGGAAGGUGCUGGAGAAGGCCAUGCGCCUGGAGUGCAAGUGUCACGGUGUUUCUGGAUCAUGCACCACCAAGACAUGCUGGACCACACUCCCAAAGUUUCGCCAGCUGGGACACAUCCUGAAAGAAAAGUACCAGCAGGCCGUUCACGUGGAGCCAGUGCGGGCCAGACGCAACAAGCGACCCGCCUUUCUGAAGGUCAGGAAAUCCCACCUGUACCACAAGCCCAAAGACACAGAGCUGGUCUACAUCGAGAAGUCGCCCAAUUACUGCGAAGCCAAUUCUGUGAUGGACAGCACGGGAACGCAGGGGCGUCUGUGCAACAGAACGGCUCAGCAGCCCGACAGCUGCGCCUCCAUGUGCUGCGGCCGCGGGUACGACACCCACCAGUACUCUCGCGUGUGGCAGUGCAACUGCAAGUUCCUGUGGUGCUGCUCGGUCAGAUGCAACACCUGCAGCGCGAGGACGGAAGUGUACACCUGCAAGUAGAACCCAUUUCACAGAGGCUGUUAGAAUACCUGCUAUCGGUGCCGUAACAUGGACCUGGUAUGCCUCUCUGUGCUGUCUGCUGUCCGUGGAAACUGGAGCCUCCAUCUCUCUGAACGUCAUGGCUUUGUGAACAAACCUCAAGUCGACUGGAUGAAACUGUUUUCUCAGUGAAGAUUUCUUUGGUCAGUUGGAGGACAACAUUAUAGAAGCAUAAUUUUUUUGAGCAAAUGUUCUGUUUGGAUGAAGAGGAACACUUUUCAUCAACGCCUGUGAGUGAACAUCUAAAGAAAAGUGGAAGUGUUGAGUCGCUUUAUCCUUGGUCUUCAUCAAACCAACACUCAGCUUCUGCCCAGGUUUGACUGAUCACCUAUGCAGUUCCGUUUCCACAGGAAUCAAACCAUUGCUUGCUGCAUGCUUAGCCUCAGUCAUAUGCACUCGUACAAGGGGUUAACCCGCAUGGCUGCUGCGUGAAUUAGUGUUGUCUUGGCCCGUGGAGGGUUGUGGACAGGAGCAUCUUAAGGGGAGUGUCUUUCAGUUCCUUUGAGGCUCAUACGGCCACCUCAAAAGACAUCAUCAAAAUGGAACUUGCCCUUGUUGUGCGUGUGGGCGGUAAAUUUUUACCAUGACCUGUUACUAGCAGCAUGCCCCAAGAAAAAAAAUGCUUGAACAUUUUUGCACAGCGAGUGGUCUAGAUCUUAAACAUUAUGGGCUGGUCACCUGCGUGCCCUGUUUAGAUUUGCCAAUUUUUUUCACCUCUAUCCACCCGUAAGGGCAGUUGGGACAAAGGCCUUUGCUGAUGUCUGAGAAAAACUGAUAAAUCAUCAUGGAAGAUCCAUCGUAUCUUUGACCUUCAUGACUCUACCACCCACCCGAAAAACAUUCUUGUUGAUUUACAAUUUCUGGAUCUUUUCUUUAUCUUUCUAUCUUUCUUCAUGGCUACUUGGAUGAGUGGUGUAAACGUUACUAGACAGAAGAAACUUCAAGACAGCAUCACCUGGGUAAAUGAAAACCCUUACAAAUGAAUGCUGACAUGUUUUCUUUCACUUCCUUCUAUCUUUCCUCUAAAAUAAAAAAGGUUUCCUUGAUCUUUCAGUAAACAGUCGACCAAAAUAGAUGUCACCAGCCUCAGUUGCUGCUGUCUAUUCAAAGCAACCUCUUCAAGGAGCUUUGUUGUUGCAUCAACAGUUUCUUGAUCUUCCAGUCAGUUUUUCUGACUUAAUGCAGACUCAUUUUCUAGUUUAAACCAGAGCAGGUUUGUUUUCUUUAAAAGCAAACGAGGAGGUGAAAAUAACUGUCAUUUACCAGAAUAAUGUACUAAUUAUUGGUUUGUUUUCUAAAGCUACAAUCCUCCUCGCGUUUAAGACAUGACAAAAAGCAAAUAACUUGAGUAUGACUGCAUUUGUUUCUGCGAGUGUACACAAAAUGAGUGACAUUUCUGCAUUUUUUUUUCUAGUCUGGUACCACUAUUUCUUUGUUCUGAUCCAGAAUGGUUUUGUUUGAACUGAAGUGGCUUCUGCAAAGAAUAAUUUAUUACCUUAGACAACUGCUGAUCAUGUCUGUCUCAUUGAGUUUGAAAUGAUUAAAAGUUUGCCAUCGAAUCAUGGAGAUCUGUCGCAUCUAAACUCUGUUUUUCAAGUUCAAAGCUUACACUGGUGUGAUUUUUUUAUUAUUAAAAAUGACAGUCAGUCUAAUCCAAAUAGUCUGACUCUUCACAUGAAACAUUCAGGUUUCGUUAUGACAUUGUGGGUCAAAGGUCAUGAGGUCAGUUCCGACCCACCUUCCUUUUGGUUUGCAGGUGGGACUAGGUGUAUAGCAGACUAACAGGAGUCCACAAAGAUAUAAAGGCCAUAAACUGUCUGUUUAUGAAAAACAUUUGUAAAAGAGUACUUAUUUUUAUAUAAAUGUCUCCUAAUUUAUUUCCUUUUUCUGUGAAAGCUUCAUAAUAAAAGCCCUCUAACUUUGCUGUUACUGAGCUUAUAAAAACUGAAUGAAAAAUAAACGUAUUUUUCAGAAGCAAU